UUCCUUUCAGUGAACGCGCAUCACUUGUGAAAAACGGCGCUCGAGACGCAGAAGUUUUCUUGUCUGUCGGCUCGUCUCCAUUCGCUCCGCUCCGCUCUCCCGCGAUUUCCUUCCGUACUUCCCGGUUUCAUUUUUAUCCUCAUCCUCACUUUCUGUUUUUUUUUUCUGACUCGAGGAUUCAGUCGGGGUGUACUGGCUAACACUGGGCGUAGCUGGAGAGGAUUUUGCUAGCUCGUCGCCGCACUGACUGACCAGAGCUUGCUGUCUCCAGAAAGCCUGUAGACCUGUGGCCAUCCUGCGAGAUUUAAGUCAAUCAGCCCUGCCCUGCAGAGACGGAUCACUACCAUUCUAGGGGAGAUGAAGCCGGAUGGGGUUGCCACGGCAGCGCUGGAGCCAAUGGAAGCAUUGGAAUCCAAUCCAGAAAAUGAGGCAACACCAGCCGUGGAACAGGACCCCAACCAGGCAGCCAGUCCGGCGGGAGAGGAGAUGCCACAGCAGCCUGUAGGAGAGACGGGCCAGGUGGAACCCGAACCAGAACAGGCCAAGGAAACCCCAGCUGCCAAGACCAGCAGCAAGACUUCAGGAGACUCCAAAGCCAAGACUACCAACAAGGCCACAGCCAAGACAAAACCUACCACAGCUAACCCAACGAAGACCACAUCUGGCUCACGGCCCAACACUUCUCAGAGCCGCCUCUCAAAUGGCGUGUCUAAGCCUCAGACCAAUGGAGUGGCCAAGAAAUCCACACCUGCUCCGGACAAAAAGAGCACCCCGACCUCAGCUUCCUCCAAAAAACCAACAGGAGCUGCAGGAGCCCCAGCCUCCAAGAGCAAAGUGGGUGAGAAGAAAGCCACAGGGGCUGCCCCCGCCACCAAUGGUGCAAAAUCAACGACCGGACCAACAGCAGCCAAGAGGACGCCAUCCACAACUGCUAAUGGUGUCAAAACCAGCACCACUGCAGCUGCUAAAAAGCCCCCAGCUCCCAAACCUGCCUCUGCAACUCCCACAAAGCCCAGCUCGACUGCCUCACCUAAGCCUGAUAAGCCCCCUGUUUCCAAGACAACCAGGCCCACAACCGGCACGGCAGCAUCAUCUCGUCCGGCCACAGGCUCAACCCGGCCACCCACUGCCAGCACAACCAAGAGCUCCCCAGCUACAGCCAAACCUGCCACCCCUAAAACUUCCACCACUGCUAAGCCUGCUGCCUCCAAACCAACCUCCACUACCCCCUCUGGUGGCAAAGCCCCAACAUCACAAACAUCCAGGACUUCAACCCCUGUGAAAAAAGAUGUUACCAAACCGGCCACCCCAGCGGCCAAAAAGUCUGCAGAUUCUCCCCUUACCCGCGCUGCAUCUACAACAAAGUCAACAAAACCUGAGACCCCCAAAUCCGCCUCAAAAUCAGAUGUCACCGCCAAAAAGCCUAUUGCUACUAAGGCUGCAGACACAAAGACACCUAAAAGCUCCAAAACGCAAGACAGUAGGCCCACGCCUUCCAAGACGCCUGCCUCCAAAACGGCUGCAGGCAAGACCUCCAGCCCCAAGAAAACUGUGGGCAGCAGCACCCCCACUCCAGUGAAACGUGGCCCCAAAGCUGCAACAAUUGCUGAACCUGAGAAGGAAAUUGCUGCAGCCGUCGCUGCUGCGGCAGCCAUCGCUACUGCAGCAGCAGUUAUUGCUGGACCACAGGAACCAGAACCUCCUGCAGAAGUAGCUGUGGAGCCUGUUGCUGCAGCUCUUGAAGCUGUACCAGAAAAAACUUCAGAGCCCACACCAGAACCAGUCUCAGCACCAGUGUCAGAGUCAGUGCGUGAACCAACACCAGAACCCGUACGUGAACCAACACCAGAACCCGUACGUGAACCUUCCCCAGAGCCCGUACGUGAACCAACCCCAGAGCCCGUACGUGAACCAACCCCAGAGCCCAUACGUGAACCAACACCGGAGCCCGUACGGGAACCAACACCAGAGCCCGAACGUGAACCAACACCAGAGCCCGUACGGGAACCAACACCAGAGCCCAUACGGGAACCAACACCAGAACCCGAACGUGAACCAACACCAGAACCCAUACGAGAACUAACACCAGAACCUGUACAGGAACCAAGUCCAUACCAAGUACGGGAAAUAUCUCCAGAACCCCCGUCUCAGCUGUCAGCAGAGCCAGAACUACAAGUCCAUGAACCACUCUCCAGUGUUCAGCUGUCAGCCCAGUCGGACCUUUUCAAAUUUGAAGAGUCUGCCAACGACUCGGUUCCUUCCCUGGGAACAACUGUCAUGUCUCCUCCUUGUUCCCCACCAGGCCCCGUUUCUCCUGUCAGAGAGCCACAGGACGCCUCCUCUCUGCUGGACAUGCAUGUCCAGUCUGAUCCCUGGGACAGGAGCCAGCCCCUGGCCUCGUAUGAAAUUCCUUCCCAGAGCGAGGUCAGUAUGAUGAACUUCCAGAUAGAAGACGAAAAGGAGAAUAAAGAACACUUUGAGGAACAGGAGACAAGGGAAGAGGAAGAGGAGGAGGAGGAGGAAGAGAAGGAGAACCUCUUUAUGCCUACCUCCAUGGCUCCACCUGCAGAGGCCUUUAGUAUGAUGGCUCAACCUCACUCACCCAUGGAUGAUUUCACCACCAGGGGCCUGAUCUCCCCUCAUGAAAAGGAGGAGGCAGUGGAAAAGGCUGAUGAAGAGAUCAAUGAGGAUGAUGACGAAGAGGAGGAGGAUGAAGAUGAGGAACAGAGGAGACUAGGCCAUCAGCCGUCAUCCAUGAUCACCGACAUGAGCAUGUCUCAGCCCUCUGAUGAGUUCCAAGUCCGGUCCUCAGCCUUUGGCGGUUCAGCAGGUUGGCACGGUGACGACCUGCUGUCUGGGAUGGACUCUGAGGACGUGAGCAGCUGCACCAGCAGUCGGCUGCAGGGAGUGUCUGACCUCAGCAGCACCCAGCACACUGCAAUUUUGGAGGGCACCCAGAGCUCAGACGCACUGGUCGACUCAAGCCUCCGUGGCUCUGAGGGAGAUGGUAAUCUCAUGUGUUCUCCCAACGUCGAAACCCUGGCCAACGAGGAGGAGGAGGACGAGGACGAAGAGGAUGAGCGGGUGGAUGAUAUGGACCUGAGUUCAGAGAGAGUAGAGGAGCAUCACAAGGUGUUCCAGCAGCAGGAACAUGAUGAGGAGGACGAUGAAGAUGUAGAGAUGCACAGUGAAGGCGUGACAGAGAGCUGUGGGAAUGCAGAUGAAGAUGACUUUAAUGAGGAGGAGCGUUUAGACAACCUCAAUCGCUCUGUUCCUCCGCCUUGCAUGCCCCCAGCCUCCUCCUGGGGUCAGACCAACCCCUUCUGUGAUACCUGGGGUCAACCAGCCUCGCUGCUCUCUGUCUCCUCCCCGAGCCCUCUGUCUGACCAUGGUGCAGCUGAAUCUGAAACACCAACUCUGUCUCCCGCCAAGGCAUGUUUGGACAGCAGUGGCCCUUCCUUUGUUCCUCAGUCAGAGGAAGAGCCCCAGCAGCACGAGGAGAUGAAGGGUUCAGCCAGCGAGGAGGCUCACAUCCUGCUUGCUGCCCCAGCUGUAGGCAUGUCUCAGUCCAGCACUCUGAGUGGCACCGGUCUGGCUGCCCACAGCAGCAGCGAGACGAGCACACCUGAGGAACUCCGCGAUUACGACAGCAGCUCUGGGGUGGAGUCCCGUUCAGACAAGCAGCAGACUCCAGUGCCUGCUUCAGUCCAGCCUGACAUGGAGCAGGAUCUGGGUAUCCACUUGGAGAAAGGCGAUGGAGAAGAAGAGGAGGCUGAGACACUCCCUGCCGACGAGGUCCUGGGAACCGGACCCCCAACUGCUCCGGCGUCCGCCCCGUCUUCCCCCUCCACCUCGGGAGACGAGGCCAGUGAUACAGAGGGUGAGAUGCAAAUAAACGACCCAGAUGCGCCGAUGAUGAUGGGUGAGAGCGCUGGAUUUGAAAGCCCCACUCCCACCUGUAAUCUGCCCGCUCUUGAGGAGGAUGAGGAGGCGGGCGACACACCCGCCGGAGAGGGCGAAGAGGACGGAGGCGGGGCAACCCCUCAGUCAGCCAACUCUGUGGCAUCUUACGGCUUCGACUGCACCACAUCCAACUCCAACGCCCACUCCAUGGCCGAGAGCUGCGGAAAGAGCCCGGGGAUCUUCUCCCUGGAGAACGAGGAGCAGCUGCCUGAGGAAGCCAAGGACCCCUCCCUCAUCAAGGAGCUGACCCUGCCAUCAGCUGCUGCUGCCGCUGCCCAGGCAGAGAACCUCCUGGGUAGACCCGUGGACCUGAUGCCUCUGGGCCUCCCAGGAGACAUCCAGUCCAGUUUCGAUGAGCACCACUACAUGCUGGGGGGAAAGGUUGCAGCAGACCACCUUGGGGAAGACGAUCCGUUGGAGCCCAGUCACCAUCUUGUGGCCGAGGAAUCUGGAGACACCGGCGACAACCAGCCGCCGUACUACUCGACCAUUUGUGAUAAGACUGAUAGUUUUCUGGCAGGUAAUGUAUAAGUCCCUCCUAUUACCCCCGGAAUGCACCUUUUCCCCGCAACCCUCCCCUUUUACCUGUUGUUCGUUUUCUCUCCAGUUGGGUUAGAUGGCUUAGAAGAAAAAAAAAAAGGAGAGCAAGAUUGUAGGAAAAGAUUUUAAAAAAAUGAACAAAGGAGAUGGGAAAAAAAUGACUGUAGCAAUUUUUAAAUGAAGCCUCCCUCUUUCAUACUGUUAUGGUCAUGGUUAUGAGUGUAUGGCUUAAACUCCUUUAUGUACAGUAGCCACUACCAUUUUCUAGUAGAAUGUUCUUUUUAAGUAACACUGCAUAUUCUGUAGCCCCUGAUGGGGUAUUGACUGAUUGGUCCAAUGUGACUGAGCUUUUAAACCGAAAAAGAAAAAAAA